GAAAGAAAAGAUCUUUAUAAAGAUAUUAUAUUAAAAGAGAUUAAAAAAUACAUCCCGGUGACUAUAGAACCGUGGAUUAUUAUAUCGCUUGUUGAAUUCAUCAUAGGUGAUGAAUACAAAUACUUUUUUGAGUAUAACACCCAAAUGUUGGAAUAUAAUAUUAGUUCCUAUCAAUAUAAAAUGGUCAAAUGGUUGGCGAACGCGCUCAUCAAUCAUAAAGAUGAUUACAUGGUCCUAAGACUUAUUCCACAAUCUCGGAAAGACGAAUUGAAGUUUAGUCUAUACAAAGAGAUCGUAACUAAUAUUAGUAGCAAUACAAUACGAAGAAUAGUUUUUGAUAGAAUGGUGGAUGAAGGCUUUGAAAAUGAUGUGAAUAUUACUUUAGAAUUUCUUUCAAAGACCAACUUAUUUGAAACCUACGCAUCUUCUUGUUUUGACGGGCGUGGGAAGUUAUUACUAAAAGCUUUUGCUAAAGUGAUCAAAG